AUGAUCUUUAUGGAAGUCGACGGAUUGUAUUGCAGGUUCCAGUUUAGCAUUGAUGAAUAUUUCGUACAGGUGUACGAGAACAAAAGCCAUGUGUACGAUCCAUCGAUACCAGGAAUCGGUCCGCAACUCGUCUAUGAAAACAAUGUGUACAUUCAACUGGCUGCUUCUUUCAAUGAUUUUAAUAUCACCGGCAACAAGAAAACAGAUGAGUGUGAGUUGGUGUUGGAAACAAUGCAGAAAGGAAAAGUCAUGCUGAAUAAGCAGAACAGAAUAGAUGCAAACAGCGGCAAUCAACUGUGGGUAAUAUGCAGAGAUGGGUGUAUAGAAAACGUUGGCAUGUCACAUCGCUCGAAAACUCGAAUUGUUUUGGACGUUCUGGAGCGAAUGGGUUUUCAGCUGAUGAUGACACCCCGCUCGUCGUCUCGUGAUCGAUAUCAAAAAUGGACGUUGUCGCCGGAUGGACGACUGUGGUGUGAAGGCUUUCCAGACAUGGCUGUCACUCAUAAAACACCUAAUAUAUUCCUGGCUAAAAAUGAACCGUAUGAUGAUGAUAUCAUGCCAGCAUCAUCACAGGUAUGGCGAAUUCAGCGACAGCGACCUGGCAGUGGUACCUUGGAAGUGGAGUGUCUGCACAGUGGGCCAACGUUGGUCGUUCGCAUUACUGAUCGGGAAGAUCGAAUGAGGACUUUGUCCAUGCCUGUGAUACCGAAGCAAAAGAUCAGUUACAACAGCUGGCCUAUGGAUGCUUUGAUGUUGAAAUUGCUUCCAGUGGGAUUGGAAAUCAACGUGACGAUGCGAGCCGGCAUUGGUGUCUCGUUAGUGAAUGGAUCGCAUGAAGAGCUGCUGUAUGCUCGAUUCGGUGGGAUUGUGUUAAGUGCACGUCGUAUGGACGAGACUUAUCAGAUGACUGGAAGUGUGGACGUCAUUCAGAUUGACAAUCAGCUGUUGAAUUCGGACAAAUGGCAAGUUCUUUACUGUCAACCGGAACUGCUCAUGCCUGAUGAUUAUGGUCAUUCUCCGUGGGCGAAUGGAGAUCUUCCACCAGGCGUUUCUGGCACGGCUAGACCAGCUUUGAAACUAGAGAUGAACUGCACGCCGAUGAAGCACUACGACGCGUUCGAUUGCUUCCGUAUAAAGCUGUGUGAUCUGGAUGUGCAGUUGGACGAGCUGCUGCUGUGGAAGCUUGUGCAGUUUGCCCAGGCGUCGGAUGCAGCGUCUAGUGUUCAACAAAGGACACUCAGUUUGCCGCCUAAUACAGAUUUGGAGCGGACCGAUCCGUUACGAACAAGGCGAUGGUACUUCGGCACUUUGGAUCUGGAAAUGGGACAAAUUGCUCUGAGCGUUGUGACCGUGUCAAAGUCAAGUCUUCCACCCGAAUGCCGACAGUUGAAGCAGCAGUUCAAUAUGAAAUUGGUUUCAUUCGAAAAUGCUGCAGUGUAUUUGCCGCCAUUCCGGCAAUUCCACUACUUCGAGACCAGUUCCUUUCUUCUGGAAAGUCUCCAGAAGUUUUAUUUCGCUGAACUCCAAAAGCAGACGUUGAACAUCGUGGUGACGCUGGAUGCGUUCGGUAACCCGCAAGGUUUGGUGACGGACUUGAAGGAUUCGUUCCAGGUGAUCACAUAG